CCCAAUUCCUACUGCACGAACAACACCUUUCCCGAAUCCCUCUCUUCCACCAAGACGGCCGCCUCUCUUGUCGGCGUCAAUGCGCCCAGCGUCACCAAUCUCUCAUCUGCAUUGCCUCCGGCCGAAUCACAGGUCACAAUCGGUCUUCCGGGACUCGAGCCUGCGACCACCAGCACAGCCGCCACUGCAGCAGCUGCUGCCGCGGCAGCUGCUGCCGCCGCGGCUGCGGCUGCAAUGGCGGCUCACUACUUCUUUCUUCCUCCGCCUCCGGUAGCCCUCGGUCGCUCACGUCCACCAUCCACAAGCUGUCUCGACAAUGCCGGGCCCUACUCUAACCUAGAGUUGGCCCGGUCGGAACCCAGUUGCCCUGGAGACGACACUAGUCUUCGUUCUGCUUACGGACCUCCUCCGGCCAAUUACCUCGGCACCGCCAUGAGUGCUGCCAGCAACACGAUGACUUGUCCCGACUCGGUAGCUCCUGGGUCUGUUCCAGCUUCUUCCUCACUCUCGCCUACCUCGUUUGCCUCUUCCUCUUCCUCUUCGUCCUCGUCCUCCUCCUCGUCCUCCUGUUCUUCCUGUUCUUCCUCCUCCUCUUCCUCUUCCUCCUCCUCUUCUUCCUCCUCCUCCUCAUCUGCUUUCUCAUUUUCAUCUUGUUCCACUUCGUCUGCCUCCCUAUCGCCACUCUCCUGCCCCUCAAACUCGGCUACAAAGCCGGCCUCCAGCAUUCUAACGGAGCUGGUGUGCCUUCACGAGUCAGCUUCAGCCAAAGUGGCUACACAAUGUUUGACCGAACAAAAGUCCCUUGUUCGACUGUCAGAAUCACAUGUUCCGUCACAUCUGCCUGCUUCAGGAGUCGUGGAUACAACAUACGCCGAUGGUGUUCACCUCCGGUAA